AUGAUGAAGAGGAACAAUAUGAACACAAACAUGAAAAACUAUCAUCAAAACUAUUAUAAUAGUCCUAUUAUCAGCAAUAAGAGUCCUUCAUCAUCAGAAGAUUACAUGAUGAAUGGUUUUCAUCCAUGGCCACCAAGAUCGUACACAUGUAGCUUUUGUAGAAAAGAAUUCAAAUCGGCUCAAGCGCUUGGUGGUCACAUGAAUGUUCAUAGGAGAGAUAGAGCAAGGCUUAGACAAUCAUCACCACCAACAAAUCAUCAUGAACUUCAAACUCAAACUCAAACUCAAGGUUCUUCUAUGCUUAACCUUAAUAAUAACCCUAAUAACUUUUUCUCAAACAACUCAUCAUUCUUGCAACAACCAUCUUCAUCAUCUUCUUCCUCUUUAGCAACAACUCUUAAGCCUAUGACUUGCACAUUGCCUUUGUUUGUUGUGGAUGGUAUUUUGUUGAACCCUAGUUUGAGCGCAAUGAAUUCGGAGAAAUCGAAGAUGGAAGAAUGUGAUGUUUUUGCAUGUGAAGAGGAUCAUGAGUGUAGAAUGUUGAAGAAAGGUGAGAAUAUUAUAAGGAUGGAUUUGGAGAUAGGUUUGCCUGGAGAUUAUGAUAACUUGGAUCUUGAGCUUCGUUUGGGUACUACUACUUAUUCUAACUAGGUCACAAUGUUUCAUCACUAUUUUUUUUUUUAAGGUUUAAUUAGAUAUA